AUGCCGGGUCCUGCUGGAAGACCCGGCCUCCCGGGGGACAAAGGUGCCAUUGGGAUGCCUGGACGUGUGGGAGGAAAGGGCCAACCAGGCGAGAAGGGCGCCCCAGGAGAUGCCGGGAUGUCCAUCAUCGGUCCCCGCGGCCCCCCUGGUCAGCCGGGCACUCGAGGUUUUCCUGGAUUUCCGGGUCCCAUUGGGCUUGACGGCAAACCGGGCCGCCCCGGACCAAAAGGGGAGAUGGGACCUCCAGGACAAAAAGGAGAAAAGGGUCAGUGUGGAGAGUACCCACACCGGCUGCUGCCUCUCCUCAAUUCAGUGCGGCUGGCUCCACCCCCAGUCAUUAAAAGGCGGACCUUCCAGGGUGAACAGGGCCAGACUGGCAUCCAAGGGCCACCAGGCCCUCCUGGACCGAGCGGACCUCUGGGGCACCCAGGACUGCCAGGGCCCAUGGGGCCACCCGGCUUACCUGGGCCUCCUGGACCAAAGGGAGACCCGGGGAUCCAGGGCUACCACGGCCGGAAGGGAGAACGGGGCAUGCCAGGGAUGCCGGGCAAACACGGAGCAAAGGGGGCUCCUGGAAUCGCUGUGGCCGGGAUGAAGGGUGAGCCUGGGAUCCCAGGAGCCAAGGGUGAGAAGGGGGCUUCGGGCCCCCCUGGGCUGCUCGGCCUCCUAGGGCAGAAGGGAGAAAAAGGUGAUGCCGGCAACUCCAUUGGAGGGGGCAGAGGGGAGCCUGGGCCCCCAGGGCUCCCUGGGCUCCCAGGGCCAAAGGGGGAAGCUGGAGCUGAUGGCCAGGCGGGCACCCCAGGACGGCAAGGAGACAAGGGGGAGCCUGGAGCAGCUGGAGAGCAGGGACCUGCUGGCCCCAAGGGCUCCAAGGGCGAACCCGGGAAAGGAGAGAUGGUGGACUACAACGGAAACAUCAACGAGGCUCUCCAGGAGAUCCGGACCCUGGCCUUGAUGGGCCCCCCUGGUCUUCCUGGGCAGAUUGGCCCACCCGGAGCUCCAGGGAUCCCAGGCCAGAAGGGGGAGAUUGGACUGCCCGGCCCUCCCGGACACGAUGGGGAAAAGGGACCUCGAGGCAAACCGGGAGAUGUGGGCCCUCCUGGUCCCCAAGGCCCCCCAGGAAAGGCUGGGCCUGCAGGACUGAAGGGAGAAGAUGGCCUUCCGGGGAACCCAGGAGAGAAGGGGGAGAAAGGGGAGAUGGGGCAGCCAGGCCCACCGGGUCUAGACGGCCCAACAGGGGAGAAAGGAGAACCAGGUGACCAAGGGAGAGCUGGAGUGACCGGAUUGCCUGGCCCAAUCGGGCUCCCAGGAUUCACGGGAGAGAAAGGAGAACCCGGGGAGAAGGGUGACCCAGGAGUGGAGGUUCCUGGGCCACCAGGGCCAGAGGGGCCUCCUGGACCUCCGGGGCUCCAAGGCGUUCCUGGACCAAAGGGGGAAGCAGGACUAGAUGGAGGAAAAGGAGAAAAGGGCGUCCAGGGAGAAAAAGGAGACCGAGGUCCUCUGGGAUUACCCGGAGCUUCAGGUUUGGACGGCAGGCCUGGGCCACCGGGUACUCCAGGACCAAUUGGAGUUCCAGGCCCAGCGGGACCAAAGGGAGAGAGGGGCAGCAAAGGCGACCCUGGGAUGACAGGACCAACGGGAGCAGCUGGGCUUCCUGGUUUACACGGACCACCCGGGGACAAAGGAAACCGGGGACACCGAGGUUUUAAAGGAGAGAAAGGGGAGCCGGGGUUACCAGGGCUGGACGGACUGGAUGCCCCGUGCCCACUGGGUGAAGAUGGCUUGCCAGUCCAGGGCUGCUGGAAUAAGUGAUGCUUCUAACCUGGGAUUGGCCUGUGUGUGUGUUUGUAAAUAGAAUAUUUAUUUUUAUACAGUUUUCACUUUUUGAAAAUGCCCGAAGUAUGAUGCAUCUUACAGAUUAUUAAAAAAAAGGAAAGCCUGCAUAUUUUGUACAGAAAAUACCAACCUCUUCCCUUUUGUUUACAAGAUGUUUUGUAUACGUCUAAGACUCUAAUACACUUUUCGUUAGUGAG